AUGGAUUUCAGAGAAUUUUUCAACCGGAGUCUAAGAUGGCGUUUGUGCAACAGACUGACGCCGCAAAGCCUUCUGUUUGUUCUCUUUCUCACUCAUACUGUCACUGGUCAAAUACGUUAUUCAAUUCCAGAAGAAAUGAAGAUGGGAGCCCUUAUUGGUAAUGUCGGAUUGGAUCUUGGAAUAGAUAUGCAGAGGCUUCGUUCAGGUCGGGCCCGUAUCGUGACUGGAGAAAGCAUCCAGUACACCGAGCUGAAGACAGACAAAGGGACUUUGGUCGUGAAUGAGAGAAUAGACCGAGAGCAGCUUUGUGGAGACGUAAUACCAUGCAGCUUCAGCUUUGAUUUGAUUUUAGAAAACCCGAUGGAGCUACACCACGUUACGGUCGAGGUAUUGGACAUUAAUGAUAAUUCGCCUUCUUUUCAUCAGCACGACAUGCAGUUGACGAUUGGAGAAUCAGCAGCACCGGGAGCACGUUUUGUUUUGCCAACAGCCAAUGAUCCUGAUGUAGGAGUCAAUGGGCUUCAGGACUAUAAUUUAUCUCCAAAUGAAAAUUUUAUUUUAAAGAAGCAUUCAAAUUCUGAUGGAAGAAAAUAUGCGGAGAUGGUACUUGAGAAACCAUUGGAUAGAGAGCGACACCCCAGUCUGUCUCUGAAGCUGAUAGCAGUUGACGGAGGGACGCCAAAGAAAUCUGGCACUGUAAAUAUAGAUAUCACUGUCCUAGAUGCUAACGAUAAUUCUCCUGUUUUCAAUCAGUCAGUCUACAAGGCCACUGUUAGGGAAAAUGCCGCAGGAGGGACCCAUAUUAUCUCUGUGAAUGCAACUGACGAAGAUAGCGGAUCAUAUGGUUUGAUUUAUUAUUCUAUUUCCAAAAUGCAAGGUAGUAUAGACAGUAUAUUCGAAAUUAACAAGACAACGGGUGUGAUAUUUCUUUCGGGGCAGGUUGACUACGAAAAAGCAAAGAAAUAUGAAAUACGCAUUGAAGCAACAGACCAAGGAGCUUUAACAGACUCCAGUAAAGUCAUAGUUGAGGUUAUUGACGUGAAUGAUAACCCACCUGUCAUAAAUGUGAUGUCAUUCACCAGUCCUCUUUCAGAGGACUCUCCUCCUGGCACAACUAUAGGCAUUAUGAAUGUAAAAGACCUCGAUUCGGGAGAUAAUGGACAAGUAAAUUGUAGAACCGAACAAAGCGCACCUUUUAAGAUUAAAUCUAAUUUAAGAAAUUACUAUACUUUGGUAACAGAUACUGUAUUAGAUCGUGAAAGUGUUUCAGAGUAUAACUUCACUGUAGUUGCAACAGAUGAAGGAAUGCCUCCUCUCUCAACAAAAAAAACAUUUCAUUUAAAGGUAUCUGAUGUGAAUGAUAAUGCUCCAGUGUUUUCAGAAGGUGUUUACAAUGCGUUUAUCACAGAGAACAACUCUCCAGGUAUUUCUGUUCUCACGGUCAGGGCUAAAGAUCCCGAUGAAAACCAAAACGCCCGCCUAUCGUAUAUACUUGAAGAUACUAACAUCGGUGGAUUUCCAGUUUCUGAAUAUGUUUCUAUAAACUCAGAAAGCGGAGUGAUCCAUGCAGUGCGGUCAUUUGAUUAUGAGCAAAUCAAACAGCUGGUUUUCGUCGUCAAAGCGCAGGACGGAGGCUCCCCUCCACUCAGUAGCAACGUGACUGUGAAAAUAAUGAUCCAGGACCAGAACGACAAUCCACCUCAGGUUCUGUACCCAGUCCAGACUGGUGGCUCUCUGGUGGCUGAAAUGGUGCCUCGUUCAGCAGAUGUGGGCUAUCUGGUCACUAAAGUGGUGGCUGUUGAUGUGGACUCUGGACAGAAUGCCUGGCUCUCCUAUAAACUGCAGAAAGCCACAGACAGGGCGCUGUUUGAAGUGGGCUUACAGAAUGGAGAAAUAAGAACUAUCCGCCAAGUGACUGAUAAAGAUGCUGUGAAACAAAGACUGACUGUUAUAGUGGAGGACAACGGGCAGCCCUCUCGUUCAGCUACAGUCAUUGUUAACGUGGCGGUGGCGGACAGCUUCCCUGAAGUGCUGUCGGAGUUCACUGACUUUACACACGACAAGGAGUACAAUGACAACCUGACUUUUUACUUAGUGCUGGCUUUGGCUGUAGUUUCCUUCCUCUUCAUCACGUGUUUAGUGGUUAUUAUAUCAGUG